AUGCCUAUCCGCCCAAAGAACGAAGCACAGCUAUUUCGACUUCGGUUGUCUCCAACUUUCAACACAGGAUCCCCGCCGGAACUCGAAAUUGAGGUGGCGAUGAACUCAAACUUCGAUGGCGUGGAUGUCCACAGCGUUAAGGCUAUUAUCACCACAAACAGCGUUGACUACCUACUUCCUGAAAAUGGUCUUGACCUACGUUUUACGCGAACUGUUUCCCAAGAUCUCCUGUAUAAACCGUCUUCCAACUCAGAACUCCCGCAAAGCUCUUCUGAGAACUUCUUCCCCGAGCCUUCUUCUCCACAGAUCGAAGUAAUGCUGCAAAGCCUCAAAACCUCCAUCCAGGGCUCAAUCGUCAGCAGCGAGGCUUCGCAAGCUGCUGUUCCACUUCCUAUAUUUUGUAACGUCACUCUUCCCAGUGAUCUUGUUCUGCAGCCUGCUUCGCACAGAGUCAAGUCCAAGAAGAUGGACGAAUCAAUGGCAGAGAACAACGUCACCGUCGAAUACAUGUUCCCGCCACUCAACGAUAUUCGAGGUGCCAUUGUUCAAAAGUACAACUUUAAUGGGCGGCCACUUGACUACCGGUAUUAUGAAAGCGGUUCGCUCCUUGCUGCUCGGACAAAUGAGGUCUCUAUGGGCAUGGAGAUUCCUCAGAUUGACUCGGCCGCAGAAAAUGACCAAUAUCAGCAGCUUGAUCAUGAGUUCCAUUCGUUCUACAACGCGGCAUGUGACAUGGCAUUCAAAAUCCACGGCAAAAGAUAUGUGGAUUAA